GGAUUAGACAACACGUAUUAUUAUAGGAUUUAAUGCUAUGUUGUUAAUGUACCGAACUGCUCUGCUCAAAAGGGAAACUUUAGAGCAUAAGAUUAUAAACAAGUUAAAAAGAUCUUUUAUGGUAAAGGCACAACAAUGGCUAGACGAAAUGUUUCCUUCUCGAGCAGGUAAAGAGAAAGUAAAGAAGCUACACAUUCACUUGAACAAAGUAAUCGGCGAAAUCGAACAAUCAAAUUACGAAUUUUUUAAUACUAAAUUAGAAGGCGAAUUAGAUCUUAAAGAAUUUAAAAAUUUAGAAGAUUUGAGGUUCUGGGGUAAUGGGAUCGAUCAUUUGCAAUCAAUUACUAACUUAAAGGUUGACAGAUGUUCCAAAUUGCAAACAUUAUAUGUUAAUUGUACAAAUCUCAGUGAAUUAAAUUUAAACUCUAAUCAGGAGAUUAAGUCGCUUAC